UGAAGAAAGCCAAGCUGGAUGGACCCCAAGAAAAGUUCAACACUUAUGUGACUCUAAAAGUGCAAAAUGUGAAGAGCACAACCAUCGCUGUCAGGGGCAACUUGCCCUGCUGGGAACAAGACUUCAUGUUUGAAAUUAACCGCCUGGACCUGGGUCUGACAGUAGAAGUGUGGAACAAAGGGUUGAUCUGGGACACCAUGGUUGGCACUGUCUGGAUUCCCCUCAGCAGCAUCCGACAGUCAAAUGAGGAAGGUCCAGGGGAGUGGCUGACGGUGGACUCCCAAGUCAUCAUGACUGAUAACGAGAUCUGUGGCACCAAAGACCCCACUCUACACCUGGUGCUGCUUGAUACACGCUUUGAACUGCCACUAGAUAUCCCCGAGGACGAGGCACGCUACUGGGCCAAAAAACUGGAGCAGCUCAAUGCCAUGAGGGACCAAGAUUACCAAUAUCAGGAGGAACAGGAACGCCCUCUCCGUGUACCGGGAACCCAGUGCUGUAACUGGAGUUUAUGGGGAGACCAACAAAAUGAGGACCCAGAUAGUGCUGUGGAUGAUAGAGACAGUGACUACCGCAGCGAAACCAGUAACAGCAUUCCGCCUCCCUACUACAGCACAUCUCAGCCCAACGCCUCUGUCCACCAGUAUCCCAUCAGCCAACAGCACCGCAGCUCCAGAAGCCUCUCGUAUCCACGCACUGGUAACAACCAAGACCUGGACUACCACCAUCAGAGAAACGUCAGUCCCACAGGGAGCUAUGCAUCAUCCGCUGAGCUCAGUCGGUGCAGCAGUCAGCUGAGCGAGGAAGACUACGGUGGCGAGUACAGAGAAAGAGACCCUUAUGACGAGAAUGACUCCUACCAUUCCUGCCACUCCUCCGUCAGCUACAGUAAAGGCUCUCCAGACUGGGAUCCCGAUGAGACGCACACAUACAGCGACGAGGGAGGCUACAGCAAAGAUGGAGGAGAGGACGUGGCUCUAUACGAGGGUGAUGAUGGAGGACUGUAUGAGGGGGAGGAGGAGGGCCUCUAUGAGGAUGAGGAGAUGAUGUAUGAUGAUGAAGAUCUGUACAAUUUGGACGGGACCCUCAGUGAAGACUUGGAGCCACCGUUCACACCCACUCCAACUUCAGCUGCCCCACCGAUGCUUGACAUACCCAACUCCAGGCCUCCACUGGAGAAACAGUCCUCCAUACACCAACAGCCUCCAGCCAAAACCCCGAACCAGACCUCCAGCCAGACUCAACCUCCCAGCAUGGUACCACCAGCACAGCCCCCAACGGGUCAACAAGCAGCCCAAGCACCAAAACAAGCGCAGCCCCAAACACAACCUCAGCCACAGCCAGCCCCGUCUGCCACUUCCUUCUUCUCAAUGGCCAAACCUUUAACAGCUGCAGUCACAGGCUUGGCUUCAACUUUCCUGUCUUCAGUUCCCACCGCCCAGUCCGCCCAGCCUGCCCAGCCUCAUCCUCCAGCAUCAACUGCAUCUCAGCAGCAGCAGUUCACUGCUGCUAACUCUGUCCCUCCAUCACACCCAGCCACCUUGACUAACUCAGCUUCCCAGCCACCCUCCACUGCCACGGGGCUUCCAUCUCAGCAGAUCCCAUCUUCUGCAUCCCCCGAAUCCCACGUCAAAGAUCCCUCCACCACGCCGUCGGCUGUGCUUGAGGAUGAGGCUCCCCAGCAGGAGGAAGAAUUGUGGUCAGAGAAAGAAACGAUAAAGGAGACAGAGGCUCAAACGCCUCCUGCUCUACACGAGGAGAAGCUUCCUGUAGAGCAGAAAGAAGAGCAUUUUGAAGAAAGCAGACCACUCACACCAGAGGAGGAAAAAGAGGUGCCACCUGAGAGUCCUCCAGUAAUAGAGGAGCCAAAAGAGCCAGUGGAUCCAGCAGUCAGAGCUAAAGAGAACUGGCUGAGGCUCUACAACAAAGUCCUGGACCAGCUCAGAGAGGCUCGAGGAGAAACAUCCAGCUCACUGUGGUUUGGUAAAGGAGGAAUGGGAGGUGCGCUCUACAGUAUUGACAGCAUGCCGGACCUUCGCAAAAGAAAAGCUAUUCCUCUUGUCAGAGAUCUGGCUAUGUCUCUAGUUCAGAAUUCACGUAAAGCUGGAAUUACCUCAGCYAUGGCUUCAACCACUCUCGGCAAUGAAGAACUGAAAAGCCACGUUUAUAAGAAGACGCUGCAGGCUCUGAUUUACCCCAUUUCCUCCACCACCCCACACAACUUUGAAGUGUGGACCGCCACCACCCCCACCUACUGCUACGAAUGCGAGGGGCUGCUGUGGGGUAUUGCGCGGCAGGGCAUGCGCUGCGCCGAGUGCGGCGUGAAAUGCCACGAAAAGUGCCAGGAUCUGCUCAAUGCCGACUGCCUGCAGAGAGCUGCAGAGAAGAGCUCUAAACAUGGUGCAGAGGACCGGACCCAGAACAUCAUCAUGGUCCUGAAAGACCGCAUGAAGAUCAGAGAGAGGAACAAGCCAGAGAUCUUCGAGCUGAUCCARGAAGUGUUUGGCCUCGACAAGACAGCACACGGCACUCAGAUGAAGCAGAUCAAGCAGAGCGUGCUCGACGGGACCUCAAAAUGGUCAGCGAAGAUUAGCAUCACAGUGGUGUGUGCCCAGGGCCUUCAAGCUAAAGACAAAACAGGCUCCAGUGACCCAUAUGUAACCGUUCAAGUUGGGAAGACAAAAAAGAGAACCAAGACCAUUUAUGGCAACCUAAAUCCAGUCUGGGAUGAGAGUUUUCACUUUGAAUGCCACAACUCCUCUGACCGUAUUAAAGUUCGCGUGUGGGACGAGGACGAUGACAUCAAGUCCCGCGUGAAGCAGAGGUUCAAGCGCGAGAGCGACGACUUCCUGGGUCAAACCAUCAUCGAAGUGCGCACUCUGAGCGGGGAGAUGGACGUUUGGUACAACCUGGACAAGAGAACCGAUAAAUCUGCCGUGUCGGGGGCCAUCCGGAUGCACAUAAGUGUGGAGAUCAAAGGAGAGGAGACUGUGGCUCCUUAUCACGUCCAGUACACCUGUCUGCACGAGCAUCUGUUUCAGUACACCACGGAGGAUCAGAACAGCGGUGUAGUAAAGAUCCCUGAUGCCAAAGGUGACGAUGCUUGGAAGGUGUACUUCGACGAGACUGCACAGGAGAUAGUGGACGAGUUUGCUAUGAGAUAUGGAGUAGAGUCCAUUUACCAGGCCAUGACCCACUUUGCCUGUUUGUCAUCGAAGUACAUGUGCCCCGGAGUGCCAGCUGUGAUGAGCACACUGCUCGCCAACAUCAACGCGUACUACGCCCACACCACCCAGUCCUCCAACAAUGUUUCUGCCUCAGACAGAUUUGCUGCAUCAAAUUUUGGCAAAGAGAGGUUUGUCAAACUGCUGGAUCAGUUGCACAACUCCCUGAGGAUCGACCUGUCCAUGUAUCGGAAUAAUUUCCCUGCCAGCAGUCCUGAAAGACUUCAAGACCUCAAAUCUACUGUAGAUCUGCUGACAAGCAUCACAUUUUUCAGGAUGAAGGUCCAGGAGCUGCAGAGUCCCCCCAGAGCCAGUCAGGUGGUGAAGGACUGUGUAAAAGCCUGUCUGAACUCCACCUACGAGUACAUUUUCAACAACUGCCACGAUCUCUACAACAGGGAAUAUCAGACAGACCCAUCAAAAGCCGUCCCUCCAGACGAGCAGGGUCCCAGCAUCAAAAACCUGGACUUCUGGUCGAAACUUAUCACUCUUAUUGUUUCCAUCAUAGAAGAGGAUAAAAAUUCCUACACUCCUUGCCUCAAUCAGUUUCCUCAAGAACUCAAUGUGGGUAAGAUCAGCGCUGAAGUCAUGUGGAACAUGUUUGCACAAGAUAUGAAAUACGCCAUGGAGGAGCAUGAGAAGCAUCGUCUGUGUAAAAGUGCAGACUAUAUGAACCUGCACUUUAAGGUGAAGUGGCUUUAUAACGAGUACUGCAAGGAACUGCCUACUUUCCAGAAACAUGUACCAGAAUAUCCAGCCUGGUUUGAGCCGUUUGUCAUCAUGUGGUUGGAUGAAAAUGAGGAAGUGUCCAGAGACUUUCUCCAUGGAGCCCUGGAGAGGGACAAGAAAGACGGGUUCCAGGUCACGUCGGAGCAUGCUCUGUUCUCCUGCUCAGUGGUGGACGUCUUCUCUCAGCUCAAUCAGAGCUUUGAAAUCAUUCGCAAGCUGGAGUGUCCAGACCCUCAGAUUGUCGGCAACUACAUGAAGAGAUUCGCCAAGACCAUUGGCAAUGUCCUGCUGUCUUAUGCCGACAUCAUAGCGAAGGACUUUCCAAAUCAUGUCAAGAAAGAGAAAGUGCCGUGUAUCAUCAUCAAUAACAUCCAGCAGCUCAGAGUUCAGCUGGAGAAGAUGUUUGAGGCCAUGGGCGGCAAAGACCUCAACGUGGAGGCCAGCGACUUCCUGAAGGARCUCCAGAACAAGUUAAACAACGUCAUGGACGACCUCAGCCGCAUCUUCGCUGUCAGUUUCCAGCCACAGAUUGAGGAUAACGUGAGGCAAAUGGGGGACAUUUUAGCUCAAGUGAAAGGACAGACAGUUCCUGCAAAUGGCAGCGUGGUGCAGGAGGCUGACAAUGUCCUGCAGCCCAUUAUGGACUUUUUGGACAGCAACUUGUCGCUGUUUGCGAAGAUCUGUGAGAAGACGGUUCUGAAACGAGUGCUGAAGGAGCUGUGGAAACUUGUGAUGAACACGAUGGAAAAAACUAUCGUGCUUCCAACACUUACAGACCAGACUGGCACUCAGAUGAUCUUCAACGCUGCCAAGGAGCUGGGUCAGCUUUCUAAACUCAAGGAGCAUAUGGGCCGAGAGGAGGCCAAGGCUCUAACCCCUAAACAGUGUGCAGUCAUAGAACUGGCACUUGAUACUAUUAAGCAAUACUUCCAUGCGGGUGGUGUCGGCCUAAAGAAGACCUUCUUGGAGAAGAGUCCUGAUCUGCAGUCCCUGCGCUACGCCUUGUCUCUGUACACACAGGCUACAGACAAGCUCAUCAGGAAGUUUGUCCUCUCGCAGAGCGCUCAGGUCCACGGAGGGAAAGGGAUCAGAUACUCUGCAAAUGAAGACACCUCACCAGAGAAAGCAGCUGGUGUGGAUGCAGUGGGCGAGGUGGUCAUGAACGUGGACAUUUUACCCCAGCCCAACGGAGAGCACAAGAUCGGUGUCAAAGUGGUGGCGGCCAAUGACCUGAAGUGGAAAGCACAGGGCUUCAGGCCCUUCGUGGAGGUCUACAUUAUUGGUCCUCACCUSAGCGACAAGAAGAGAAAGUUUGCCACCAAAUCAAAGAACAACAGCUGGUCUCCAAAGUUCAACGAGAGCUUCCAGUACUCGCUGGGCACGGAGGUGGGUCCAGAGAGCUACGAGCUGCAGGUGUGCGUGAAGGACUACUGCUUUGCCAGAGAGGACCGCACCGUGGGCAUGGCCGUGCUGCAGGUGAAGGACAUGGCCAGCAAGGGCAGUGUCACCUGCUGGCUGCCGCUGGGAAGACGGGUCCACAUGGACGAGACGGGCCUGACGGUGCUGCGCAUCCUCUCGCAGCGCAACAACGACGACGUGGCCAAAGAGUUCGUCAAGCUCAAGUCGGACCAGCGCUCGGCUGAGGAGGGCCGCAGCUGAGAGGCGAGGAGGAGGACGAAACACGUGUGCACAAAAAAAAACACCAGAAACACACCCAACAGACACACACAGCCCCUCACGCCUACAUGAAAAACCCUGUGCAAUAUAGAAGCACACAUGUAAACCUGUACAUAUAUCUGCAUACAUUAUGCAACAUUUACAUUGCAAUGCAAACAUGGUGGAAAACGUUUAUAAGGAGAUUUGAUUUUGUUUGGAUUCUUUCUGCAUCUGCACCAGUUCCAGCUCUUAGUUUAGGGUUACAUUAACAAGCAGUCACUCUUUCUUAUGACACCUUUUAUACGCUGGUUAUUUCGUUGUUUGAAAAGCAUCACAAAGCCACAGAUGAACCAUGUUAUUAGUUUGAAAGCUAACACUUUGCACUUUUGCUUCUCUGCAUCUUAAGGUGAGCACUUCUUGCUCAGCUACGCUGUGUCCGUCCAUCCACUCUUCUGUCUGCCUGUGUUGCACCCCCUCCCCGCCUCAUUUGCUCUGCGCAGACUUCCUACAGAGUGCCGUAUCGUGUCCUUGGGAGCUCACAGAUCUAAGAUUGGGAUUCGUUCCGCCCCCAAACUAAUCCAAAACUGACCUUGGCUUGGUGUUGAGGGGGGCUAGUCUUUGCUGUAGUGUACUCUCAUCCUGCAUGUUGACCCCAGGAGCACUGUGAUCCACUUCUUUGUAAACACGGCAGCCACUCCCAUCCCUGCAUAAAAGACGGGUGCCUCCAACAUGUUAUCUGCAUGGUACACAUAUCCCUGCAAAAACACAUUUUUUUAAAUUAUUUUUUAUAAACUAGCACUUAUUGUAGAGAGAACACGCUAACGGUGAGCAGUUCUGAGGAUAACCGUGAUGACAGGAAGAAUAAUUGUGCUUUAUUUAAAAUGCUUCUCACCAUGGAGCAAUACUCAUCGUCUCACACCCACAUAGUGCAUCUUAUUAAAAAAAGAAGGGCUACAAGAUCAGUGGACUGGGUUGUCAUUUCACAAACUGAAAUGCAUCGUUUAUGCCUCUGUURGUAAGCUUCUCCUCCCCACCUGCUCAGCUACAUAACGAACAUAUCAGAUGUUCUGUUCUGGAGCAUCACUGGACGCUGCCCGGCAGAACACUUUCCUCUUUCCUCUUUCCUCGUCCGCACAUGUAAAAAAAAAAAAACAAACGAAAAAACAUCUUCUGAAGGCAAUAGUAAUCCGUUUGUGUGUUGACUGAACCCUGUGGACCAACAUUCCGUGUCUUUUGCUAAUGUGCACAUGCAUGUGUAUGAAAGUGUGCGUUUGUAUGAGUGGAUCGUCACGUCUGCAAAACGGCCUCUUCGAUUGUGAGCAAUACCUACACUCCCAAAACAUAAGCGCUGUCAAAUAUUUAAAACUACAAGAGCACCAAGUGCACUAUCCAGAUUCAAGAAAUGGGAAACUUGUGACUGCAUCAUUUAAUUUUUUUUUGUUUUUUGUAAAUCGCUGACAUUCUAUCGAUGGAGUCAUUAUUUCCCAUUGGAAGAGUGUCAUCUUUAACUAAUAGAGGAAGAGGGGGUUUUAUUUUUCUUUUAGUAGGAACAAAUUUCCAAGUACCAGAGCUUAUGUUUGUUUAUUUAUUUUUAUAUAAUAAAGCCAUCAGAGUCACCGCCAAGCAUUUAAAAAUAAUCAAAUGUUCUUUUUUUGCUCAUAUGGGAUUUAAAAAAAGCAUUUUAGCUUUUCUUGCAAAAAAAAAAGUUCAAAAUGAGCAGACACAGCCAUAGUCUAACUCGUCUUGUAGUGUCUUUAAAAGCACUAAAUGUCAGUGACGCUGCAUGAGGUUUUAUGUAACAUGUUGUCUUUAUUUAAUAUUGCUGAAAGCUACCAAAAACUGUUCAUUUGAAUGUCACUUAUCUUUAACAGAGCCUUUUCUCCAAAGGGAUUGUUAAAUCCAAAAGCACGACUAGCUUGGAGACACCAGCUCAUGCCUUUGAUUUUAGCCACCAAAUUUAUUUUGAGUUAAGAGAAUAAAGUUUUUUCUUCGUGUCUGUGUGCACUAUGAGGAACUUCACUGAUUUUUACACAUCAAAUCUAACAAAUAUCCUCAAGUAAAUUCACUUGUGUGUAAGUUCAUAUAUAUUUUGCCACUGCUGCGUCAGGUUUCAUUCAUUUUAAACAGUUCAGAAGUCCAACGGACCAAAAAUCAGUGGAGUUGCUCCUGCAGCAGUCUGUAAAGGUGUUUCCAUGUGUCGUGUGGGCUCAGACAGAGCUUUUACAUUUCAGAUUGCAGCUCAAAAGAACCAGGAAGUGACAGAUCACCCAGGUUGUCUGCUUCAUGUGUGCACACACGUACAGAUGACACACAAACACCUGCACAUAGAUCAAUGCUUAAGCACAAAAGGGCACACAUAAGAACACACACACACAUGCAUGCAUGCACGCCAACACAACUCUCUGGAGACCACUGAUGCCCGCCUUGUGAAUAGAAAACAACCACACUUGCAUGAUGGGAAACUUAAAUGUGUCAGCACGUGUCUCUUUGGUGUUACUUGCUUACAUUUCUUUAUUUUACUUUUCAAAGCUCUGUAAUUAAGUUAUUAGUGUUUUUUUUUAAAUCAUCUGUUAUCAAUCUGAAUGUAGUGUGAACACAGAACUCGCAUGAGCGAAUUAUUUUCUACUGAAGACGUUUGUAAUUUGUUUCUUAUCAUUAUUGUUGUUUAAUGAAGAAGUGGAGCUGGAAUGCAGCCUGAUUGUGAUCUGCUUCCUAAUAAAGACUUUUGUGUCACAACUUA